AAAUUGCAGAGUAUUAGGCCGGGUGAGGUGGCCCAUGCCUGUAAUCCCAGAACUUCGGGAGGCCAAGGCGGGCAGAUCAUGAGGUCAAGAGAUUGAGACCAUCCUGGCCAACAUUGUGAAAUCUCGUCUCUACUAAAAAUACAAAAAUUAGCUGAGCAUGGUGGUGCAUGCCUGUAGUCCCAGCUACUAGGAAGGCUGAGGCAGGAGAAUCACUUGAACCCAGGAGGCAGAGGUUGCAGUGAGCCAAGAUCCUGCCACUAUACUCCAGCCUGGCAACAGAGGAGCGAGACUCUGUCUCAAAAAAAAAGAAAAAGAAAGAACGAAAAGAAAAGAAAUGGCAGAGUACCAGACAUUAUUGAAGCAUCUCUUUUUCUCUUUUUCUGUCUCCUUCUACUCAUCUGUCUCUGUUAUAGGAGCUCAGAAAAAAGUAUUAGCUAGGCUUCUUUUUUCUUUUCCUUUCUGUAAAGCAAUAGUUCUGAAAGUGUGGACUCGAUACCAGCAACAUUAGCACCGAGUGGGAAUUUAAUAGAAAUGCCAAACGUCAGACCCCAACCCAGACCUGCGAACCAGAAACUGGGGGUGGAGCUUAGCAAUCUGUGGUUCAAGCUUUCCAAGUGAUUCUGAUGAAGUUUGAGCACCACUGUAAAAAAUCGAGAUUCAGGUGGGCUAGCCGGCUAAAGUGGGAGCCGGUGAGACUGAGGGUGGGAGGAGGUAGUCAGUAGCAGAGACAGGAAACGAAUAGGAAUUGGGCCUCUCAACGACAGAAAACCAGAUCUGAGGACUUCUGCAGCUGCAGUCGAUGAGUCUUCACCCUGAUGCUGCCUCUCCCAUGCCUGACUCAGUCAACUUCUAGGGCAGUGAUUCUCUCCGGGACAAUUUUGCCUCCCAGGGGAAUUUGGCAAUGUCUGGAAACAUUUUUUAUUGUCCUGACUGGGGAGGUUGCUACUGGCAUCUGGUGAGUAGAGUCUAUGGAUGCUGCUAGGCACCAUACAAUGUACAGGACAGCCCCUACAACAAAAUAUUAUCCAGCCCAAAAUCUCAGCAGUGCUGAGGCUGAGGCAGCCUAUGCUAGAGAUUGUCCCUCCAAGGUGCUUGUCUCUCUUUUCUUCACGGACUAAGACUUUACCCUGAACCCAAGAAAUUAUUCAACAGCGUUUUGUGAACCCUAUGUGGUUCAUUCAUGGGCCUCAGAGAGUCCACAAACUCUCAAAAGCUUGCAAAAUUCUGUUGUUGUGUAUGAAUUUAUUCUGCAUGUUGGGGAAGGGAGCUUUCAUCAUAUUCUGGCAGGUUGUAUUCUAUCUAUCAUUCUGCGUAUGAUUUCCCUGCCUCACAUUUUCUGCUCAUUCAUCACUGCCAUUUGCCACACUGCUGUUUUUCUACUUCAUAACUUCUCAGCUGCUUCUCACAUUGCUGCUUUCUUAUUUUGGCCAUAUUUCCCAGUUCGAAUUCCCAAGGUAAGGAAUCUGAUUAUCCUGCUCUCCCCUAUUUGGACAAAUCUUCUCCCACUAGACAACCACAUAGGCCCCUGGUAUCCCCACACCACAGCUGUCCUGGGUCCGGGCCAGGUCCCCCAGGAUGGGGAAGGUCAGUGCGGAGUUAGUGUCACCCAGAACAAAACACGGCUGACCAAGGCUGGGUGCAGUGGCUCAUGUCUUUAAUCCCAGCGCUUUGGGAGGCUGAGGUGGGCGGAUCACAAGGUCAGGAGUUUGAGACCAGCCUGACCAACCCAGUGAAACCCCGUCUCUACUAAAAAUACAGAAUUAGCUGGGCAUGGUGGUACGUGCCUGUAAUCCCAGCUGAGGCAGGAGAAUCACUUGAACCCGGGAGGCAGAGGUUGCACAGUGAGCUGAGAGCAUUGCACUCUAGCCGGGGCGACAGAGCGAGACUCCGCCUCAAAAAAAAACAUGGCUGCCCAAGGCCAGCUCUCUCAGGACGGGCACUGGCUGAGAGAGGCAUCGUGAUUGCCUUAUCUAACAAAGACGGUCAGAAAUCCCAGGGCUUAGGUUCUGGCCAGAGAAGCCACAAUGCAGUCUGGAAAGGCAGGAAGAUAAGGGAGUGAGUCAAUCUGAAACUCCAGGGUGUGGCAAGGACACGCAGACCCUCAGAAGCCUAAGAGGAGGUUUUGCAGAACCACGAGGAAAUAACUCAGGGAUGCGAAAGAAGGGUCAGGGCUCAAAGCAGUGGACAUAAUCAGGACAGAACGGGCUGAAGUGCAGACACAAGAGCAGAUCAAUAAAACCCAGCAGAUCAGCAAAGCUAAAGAACUCUCCUGUUUAUGGAGGUGAACACUGAGGAUGCUUUCCACAUGAACCCUGAAGUGAACCUCUGAUACAUUUCCUGUAGCAAGAGAAGGCAGCCAACAUGAAGGAAAAUGUGGCAUCUGCAACUGUUUUCACUCUGCUACUUUUUUUCAACACUUGCCUUCUGAAUGGACAGUCACCUCCUGGGAAACCUGAGAUUUUUAAAUGUCGUUCUCCCAAUAAGGAAACAUUCACCUGCUGGUGGAGGCCUGGGGCAGAUGGAGGACUUCCUACCAAUUAUUCACUGGCUUACCACAAAGAAGGAGAGAAAUUCAUACAUGAAUGUCCAGACUACGUAACCGGUGGCCCCAACUCCUGCCACUUUGGUAAGCAGUACACCUCCAUGUGGAGGACAUACAUCAUAACAGUCAACGCUACUAACGAGAUGGGAAGCACUUUGUCAGAUGAAAUCUAUGUGGACGUGACUUACAUAGUUGAACCAGACCCUCCUUUGAAUGUGGUUGUGGAAGUAAAACAGCCAGAAGACAAAAAACCCUAUCUGUGGAUUAAAUGGUCUCCACCUACCCUGAUUGACUUAAAAACUGGUUGGUUCACGCUCCUGUAUGAAAUUCAAUUAAAACCCGAGAACGCAGAGGAAUGGGAGACCCAUUUUGCUGGGCAGCAAACAGACUUUAAGGUUCUCAGCCUACAUCCAGGACAGAAAUAUCUUGUCCAAGUUCGCUGCAAGCCAGACCAUGGAUAUUGGAGUUCCUGGAGUCCAGAAUACUCCAUUCAGAUACCUAGUGAGUUCACCAUGAAAGAUACAACCAUGUGGAUCUCUGUGGCUGUCCUUUCUGCUGUCAUCUGUUUGAUUAUUGUCUGGGCAGUGGCCUUGAAGGGCUAUAGCAUGGCGACCUGCAUCUUUCCACCAGUUCCUGGGCCAAAAAUAAAAGGAUUUGAUGCUCAUCUGUUGGAGAAGGGCAAGUCUGAAGAACUACUGAGCGCCCUGGGAUGCCAAGACUUUCCUCCCACUUCUGACUAUGAGGACUUGCUGGUGGAGUAUUUAGAAGUAGAUGACAGUGAGGACCAGCAUCUAAUGUCAGUCCAUUCGAAAGAACACCCAAGUCAAGGUAUGAAACCCACAUACCUGGAUCCUGACACUGACUCGGGCCGGGGGAGCUGUGACAGCCCCUCCCUUUUGUCUGAAAAGUGCGAGGAACCCCAGGCCAGUCCCUCCACAUUCUGUGCUCCUGAAGUCAUUGAGAAGCCAGAGAAUCCUGAAACAACCCACACCUGGGACCCACAGUGCAGAAGCAUGGAAGGCAAAACCCCCUGCUUUCAUGCUGGUGGAUCCAAAUGUUCAACAUGGCCCUUACCACAGCCCAGCCAGCACAACCCCAGAUCCUCUUACCACAACAUUGGUGAUGUGUGUGAGCUGGCUGUGCGCCCCACAGGUGCACCAGCCACUCUGUUGGACAAAGCAGGCAAAGAUGCUUUAAAGUCCUCUCAAAUCAGUAAGCCUAGAGAGGAGGGAAAGGCAGCCCAGCAGAGGGAGGUAGAAAGCUUCCAUUCUAAGACUGACAAAGACACGCACUGGCUGCUGCCCCAGGAGAAAACCCCCUUUGGCUCCACUAAACCUGUGGAUUAUGUGGAGAUUCACAAGGUCAACAAAGAUGGCGCACUAUCAUUGCUACCGAAACAGGGAAAUAACAGCAACCAGCCUGAGAAGCCCAGGGAUCCUGAGAACAGUAAGGAGUAUGCCAAGGUGUCCAGGGUCAUGGAUAACAACAUCCUGGUGUUGGUGCCGGAUCUGCACACUAAAAACGUGGCCUGCUCUGAAGAAUCAGCCAAAGAGGCCCCACCAUCACUUGAACAGAAUCAAGCUGAGAAAGGCCUGGCCGACUUCCCUGCAACACCAAGCAACUGCAGGCUCCAGCUGGGUGGUUUGGAAUACCUGGAUCCCGCAUGUUUUACACACUCCUUUCAUUGAUAGCUUGACUAAUGGAAUGAUUGGUUAAAAUGUGAUUUUUCUUCAGGUAACACUACAGAGUACAUGAAAUGCUCAAGAAUGUAAUCAGACUGACACUACUAAAACUCCCAGCUCCUUUCAUGCUCCAUUUUCUAACCCUUGCCUCUUUCUGCAACAGCUGAUUCUAGAACAAAUCAUUCUGUUUCCUAACUGUGAUUUGUAGAUUUUCUUUUUGCUAUUAGUUAUAAAAUUGUGUUUGAUGAAAUAAAAGCACACUGCUUAGUAUUCUUGAGGGACAAUGCCAAUGGAAAAGGCUUUCAUGAUUUGGCAUGGGACAGAUGGAAAUGAAAUUGUCAAAAUUGUUUACCAUAGAAAGUUGAUGAAUAGGUGCAAAAUGCCUUGAAAAUUGCUUUUGAAAAAACAUAACCUUUACACUCCUCUUCCAUUUUAUUAGGAUUACCCAAAUAUAACCAUUUAAAGAGAGAAUGCAUUCCAGAACAAAUUGUUGAAUCAGUUCCGAUACCUUACUGAAAUCCAAGUCAGAAACAAUGCCUCCAAUUUUUUCUUAAAAUAGUUUAAAUAUGUUAGGCAUGGAUUUUCUUCCCCUGAAUUCUAUUUUAUUCUAAAGCCUCUUUAUAAUAUGGUUUGGAAAUUAAAAUUUUCUUACACAAGGGGCAAAUGAAUUUCAUGUGAAUCCUUUCAGGAUGUUUUCCUGCUUCAUUUCAGCAUGACAGAUAAUUUAUUAUACACCCUAGUCUUUUCUUAGUGAAAAAAAAUCCCCAAAGACUAAAAGAAAACCACAGCAGGAUUUUAAUGUAAUUACUGCCUUACUGUACAUACAAAUUCUACUUUAAUAUAAACCCAUAAGUUUAACAAUGUAUUUUUGAAGACUAUUUUUCUAUCACUUAGGUAAAAUAAAAGACUAUUUUCUAUUUUCCCAGUACAGCUGUUUAUGUAUUCAGUGGGUACAGUAUUUUUCUGCUCCAAGGUUAUAAUGAGUAUUUACAGUACAUAGUAGUAUAUGCAGUUCCUGUUUGUAGAGUAAAAUGCCAUACCAACCCAAAGCCCACUGUGAAAUAUAAAAUGAAUGACAAAAUUCAGUUUUCAACACAAUAUAGUAUAGUGUACCCAAUUCUUUUAAUCUCCAGGACACUUUAAGCAACAACUACCAACAACAACCACCUGGGGAUUUAGAAUUCUUCACAGACCAGAAAUUAUUUCUCCUUUGAGUUUAAGGCUCCUCUGGGACUCCUGCUCAUCAAUGGGUGAAUCUUCCUAAAGCUACCAUAAAAAGGGAGAGUGAUGGUUUCUAACAGCUGUUUGAAAGAGAGAGGUUUUGUUUUUGUGAGAAAUCUUGGACAGCAAAAAAAUAUUUUUAAGCAAAGCCAAGAGUUAGUGUCUUUCUGAAGUAAAUUCAUCUGCAAAAUCUUGGCAGACGCAGAAACAGAGCUCAUAUCAGAAGUGUCCAAAUAAAAGUUCUAGGAAACUAGGUAUUUGUAGAGCAAUGGGAAUAGCUCCAACGGUCAGACUAUGGUAGUGAGAAUCUCCCAGUCAGUUCCAAUGCCAGGCUUCCUGAAAGAAGUCAAAGCUUGGAUCUUCAUUUUAAAGGGCACAUCCGUGACUCAUCUGACACCCUCCCUCUAUUUUUCCCUUCACUUGAUGGCAAAUCUAUUCUAUAUGUCCAUUUACUAGCUGGACAUAGAGAACUUGAUCUCACCUCUGGGAUUUAAAUAUUCCACCCCAGCUAGCCCAGAUUGAUAGCAAUUGGACUCAGAGGUCCCUCUCCUGUUAGAAAGUGAACACAUUGCCAGUGUUUUGGGAAUGGCAAAAGCAAUAGACAUGAAGCUCUAUUUUCCUAAUAUAUAACAAUAUCACGUGAGUGAGGGAAGCAUGUGGGAAAGUUGUCCAAGCUCAUUCAGUCCCCUAGAUCCUCAGUACUUACACUGUCUGAGAACCAACUGCAUAGGCAUCACCUGGUCAGUGUUUGAAAAUUCCAUUUGUAGAAUCUUAGGCCCUACCUCUAACCUAAGGAAUAAGAAUCUGCAUUUUACUAAUAUCCCCAAAUGAUUCAAGUGCACACUGAAGUUUGAGAAUCACUGUUCUAGAUAACCAUUUCCACUAAAGGUCGUUUUAGCGCAUAGAAACAAUCCUCUUUUGGAAAGGACAGAUCAAGUCUGUUUGACUUGCAGUGAACAACACUGCAUAUAAGAAGGCAAAAAAAGAGAAACAUAUCGAUAGUUUAAGAUUCACAUUAUGCUGAAUCUUCUGUGAAUUCACAUGAAAGAAUGACCUGCAAAAGUACACAGAAGUUCUGAAAGACCAAGGAAUAUAUUCUACCUUGAGAAGCACUGACCAAAGUCAGUCAUCCUCAAAGCCAAUGAAGACUAAAUCUUUCCUAACAUACUAUAUUCUUCUCUAAGAAUAGAGAAGAUAUACAUCAGUCACUCUUAUAGUUUGAAAACCUAAACAUAAAAGUAAUCUGCUUUUGACAUAUAAUUUUGUAUAAUACAUAUGAACAAAUGUUACAGCUAAAUCCCUAAAAAAAUACCAAUUAGCUGCUCAUUAAGUCAAAACUUUAAUUCUGUGAUAAUUAGCAAGCUCUAUAAAUUAAGGUUUUCAGUGGUCUAUCAAGGAGACAGCUGUUCACACAGAAGGAUACACAUGGGACAGGGGACGGUCAAGAGACCUAGAUUCUGGUCCUAACUGCUUAGUCUUGGAGAGAUUAAUUCCACUCUCUAAGCCUCAGUUUCCUCUGAAGAUGUUGGACCAAAUAAUCUCUAAGGUCCUUUGAAACUGACUCCUUGAUUCCAUGACUCACUGAAUGUUUUUCUGCAAAGAUAAUUCCAACCAAUGUCUUCUAACUUAAUUAAGCUAACAACAAAUUGCUCUUCCUCACAGAAAUACAAAGUAAUCUUCAGUGAUGUGCUCUUUAUACUUUGCUUUCUAAAUAAUCACUUCCACUUGGUCUUAAUAUAUGGCACUGCAUUUUAUAAGUGAUAUGUGUGCAGAAUCAUAUUCAAAUAUUAUAUGCAAAUAUAUGUGUAGAAAGAAGAGACAUUUUAAAGAGGCAUGAGAUUGAAAAGAGACAUAUUGAAUGAGGCACGAAGCUUUAGAAAAUUGAUCUUUUACUGAAUCAAGCCAUGCUCAUUCCUUGUUGAAUCCAACAGCCCCAAAUCCCUUUUCUUAUAUCUAGCUAUUAAUUAUUUUUCUCUCAUCAUCCUAGAUUAACAACCACUGUACAGUUGGCUUAAGGAUCCUUACACUCUGAGUUACAAAAAGUUUCAUUUUUAUAAACAAAAACCUAUUUUUUUUUGUUUUAAAAAUAUUCAAGUUUUAAGGCGCAUGGAAACUGAAUCUAGUCAGUGGGUGAUUUGUGUAGCCUACAACCCAAAUAGCAAAAUGUUCCAAUUCAUUCUAACAGAUAUGUAUAAGCACAAGUUAGUAUCAGCCAUGCCAGAUAUUAGCAGACCCUACAUUUAUUAGCUGUUUAACAGACUCUACAUUUUCCUAAGUGCCUAAAACCAACCCUGGUAGUCACUUAAGUGCAAAAGACUCACUUUAACUGGCUUGGUCCGAAGGAGUCAAUUAUUUACUGUCUGUACAAGAUCUGGACAGUUUUGCUUUUUGUCUUGUGACAAGCCAGCUGAAUGUGUAAAGCCUGUGAGUUAUUGAGCAACCAGAGACCCCUGCAUUCCAAGGAGCAGUUUGGCUCUGGGGAAGCUCUGACUUUCUCUUUCCUGAAGUGUCCACACUGCCCGUCAUUUGCAGAAAGACUUGGCCCUGCCUUUAGCAACUUCCCUAUCUCCUUAGAGUAGACAAGAAAGAAACAGAUUUGUGCACAUUUUACAAAGUGCCUUCCUCUAGUUUUUUCUUUUUUUAAGUUUUCAUUUUGCAAGGAAAAAUGUGUUGGUUAGAAAGUAGCAUUUGCCUUAUAGGGAUAUAGAGAGAGAGAUAUAGAUAUACAGAUACAUGAAUGAAUGGAGAGAUGAGGAGAAGCCAGAAAGGGCACACCAAAAUGGUCUAAGGGCCAACCAGCAAAUGUUCAGUGAAUGUUUAUGUUUUUUUAAUUGAAUCAACACACAGCUGUUGUGAAUGUGUGACUUACUUUGCCUGAUAAGAAAUUGAGUCUGACUGUGAUUUGGGGAUAAACCUGCCACCCUGUGAUUUAAGACUCUUCAUACUAAAACAUACUGAUACAUUUUUGAAUGUCGUUGGCUCACAUGCCUAAACCUGAAGAGAACAAUGCAUGCACAUUGGAACUUUGCACACAGACAGAAAAAUAUAAAUGACUUUGAAUUACCAUCCCUAGUGUUGCUAACAUAGAUGUGCCAUUGACGAAAGUCUCAUGUGUACUUGAGUGAACAAAUUUCCUUUUCUACUUUUUUGACUCAAGCACAAUAAUGCUGUCACUAAGACAGUGACUGAGCACUCAAUGUCCAAGACUAAAUCACAUCACCACCACUAAGCAGGCUGUAUGUCUCUGGAUGAGUCUUUUAAACUCUGGCCAUCAGGUUCCUUACUUGUUAAAUAGGUGGGUUGGCCUAAAAGGUUUCUAAGACCUCUGUCAGUUCUGUCUUUGAUUCUCAUUAUCUAGAUAAAAAUCCAGGGUUUCAGGUCAAAGUCCUAGGUGCAGUGGAAGAAAGCCUUGCUGACAUGCCCUUGGCCUGAAGCCAUGAACACGUGAGAUGUGUAACAAUAUUUAAGAGAAAACCAGAGAUCUGUUCCUCCAAGUCAGAUUGAUAUAACAUCUUUGCUUUUCCUUUUUCUUCCUAGCUUUACGUAUUUGUAGGGUUUUUUCUCCUUUUCCAGAGCCUACUGUUUUUCCUAAGAGUAGCAAACAUAGAUUCCACAAGAAAUGAAAUUAUUCAUAAGCAAUGACUUUGGCACUACAAAAGACUGAGUCAGAGUUUAAAUCAGUUCCACAGAUAUCCAAGCCCAAGUUGAGGAUCAUAAGUAUACCCCAUUUAGAGAUUUGCAUGCUUAGAGACUAAGCCCAUGUUUAUUAAUUAUUUAGUUAAUUCAAAGGUCGUUUAUAAAUCCAUGCCCAGCCUGGGCAACAUAGUAAGACCCAGUUCUUUACAAAAAUUUUAAAAAUUCCAGCCAUGGUGACACCUAACUGUAGUCCUAGCCAGUUGGGAAGCUGAGGCCAGAGGAUUGCUUGAGCCCAGGAGGUCGAGGCUGCAGUGAACCGUGAUUGUGUCACUGCACUUCAGCCUUGAAGAGCAAGACCUGGUCUCAAUAAAUAAAUAAAUCCAAGCUAUGUUGAUGACUAGAUACUAGAGGUCUUAAGGAGAAACUUUAAAAAUACAGAGUGAUUGCUUCAGAGAAAUCCUGUUUAUAAUCAUGAUCUGAACUUAUUCUAUGAUUAGCAAAUAUAUCAUCCAAAAAUAAAACAGGAGUUCUCGCCCCAGACUUAUUUUUCAGGAUGGUGACUUUUGGUCUGGGAUCCUCAUGACACCCAUUUCAAUAAAAGGAAAAGAACAGUAAAAUAGGAGAUAGGAAGUUUCCAGAGAUUUGGGCAUCUCAGGAUUCCAUGAAAAGCUGAGUCUAACCCACUAAAUCCAAUUUUUAUUGGACAUGGUAAAUCUAAAUCUGUACAGUGUUUUGAGUUUAUGUCUAAGAGAGGUACAUAAUUCACAACACUAUAAUGCUGGCAGCUGUUUCGUCCACACCAAUUCCUUUGAUUUAAUGCUCUGAUUUCAAUUUAGAAAGUAUUGAGACAUGCAAAGUCUCAAAAUAGGAAAAACCUAUCCUGUUUAUAAGAUGUGGCCAAUAAAUAGACCACAGAUAAUCUUAAUUAAUUAACAUUCUACUUGCUGCUUGUUAAAAAGAAAAAAACUUCAGCAACUGAAGUAGGAAAAUAAAAAACAAACUUUAAUAGUUAUGGUCAAAUUAUGCUUCACUUGGAUAAAACUCAAAGUGUUGUAGUCUAAAGUUUUUUUGUGCACAUUUUUCAAAUCCUGGGGGAAACAUCUUUUUAUCAUGUUAUCUGAAAAACUAUAUGGCAAAGAUACCUCUGAGAAACAAUUUGUUUUAUAGAAUUCUUGAAAAGACAAUUUUGAAUUUUUAAAGUAACUACCUCCCCUUUGUGUCCUAAUGUCCUUCCUUCAAAGCUGCUUAUAGUUUAGAAACGAAAGGUGUCACGUCUCAUGCUUUGAUUGUUUUUCAGUAGCAUGUUUGAUAUAUUUGCCAAGUGGCAUUUCUGACUUUACAGUAACUGUUACAUUAUUUUGUACUAUAUUGCUUUAUGUGGUUCGAAAAUAGCAUACACCACAUUGAAAUAUGUAAUCCUCAUAUUGUGAAACUCAUCAUGUAAUACAAAUGAAAAUCAUUACUUAAUAACUUACAAUCUAUUUGUAUGUAAUUUCAAUAUGAUUGUGUCUAUGACUGUAAAACAAAACUGAAAAAAAUAUGUAAUAUAUUUCUGUUGAAACCAUGAAUGUACUAAUUUUUUUCUCAAUCUUUGUCUAGAAGCAGGAUUCUAUGUCAUUCAUUGUACAGCUGCUCUGGGGUGUUACACGUUUAAAGUUCAAUCCAACAGUUGUUUAAAAGUCAGCCUCUUGGCUUUGUUUCAUGUGACUGCUGAUGCCUCAUGAGUGUUCUUUGCAUAAUGAGGCUUGCUUUUGUGCUUCAUCAUUCAUUGUAAACAACUGAAGCAUCUCAUCGGAAACCAAAGCAAUCUAGAACCAGCCUGUUGGGUGACUGUGUCUUCUGUAAGCCAUAUUGAAGUGAAGCUAUAUGUAAUAGCCUAAGGUUCCAUAUUUUCAAAGCUACCACUACCUCUGCUUUUCCUCUUUCCCUAGAAAAUGCCAAGCAAAAUUCCCCAACACUAAGUGAGAAAUUAGAAGUCACUGUUAUAAUUAAAUUGCUGGGGUUGUUUUUGUUUUGUUUUGUUUUACACCUUCCAAUUCACCACGUUGCAGGGUUACGCAAGUUUCUGAAUAACCAUUCUUACAUUUUUACACUUUAUAAAAACUGGCUGCAAGAGGUUCAGAAAGAAUGUGUAGUAAGUCAUCGGAUGAAAAACCCACAAAACAGUAGACUGCAGAUUUUUUCCUAUGUCACCUUAUAGUUGUCCAAAGCCAUGAUAAUGAUAACUCUUACAAAUUGACUUUUGUAACCCCCUAGAAAUAACUCUUUUCCUUAUUUUGUUUUAGCCAUCAAACAUAGUAUGAUAUGGGAAAAGUCAGCCAUUUACCAGGAAUAAUCUUGUUUUGAUUUUAAAAACUCAUUUAUAUAUGUAAUUAUUGUAAUGUCUAUUUUUUAGACUUAAUUAUAGAAGACCAUAGUCAUCUGAUUUGCUAUUUUGCGUUUUUCAUUCUGUAAAUCUUUGCUUAUGGCGUAUUGUGCUUUCUGUUUUCCAUGGUUUUAUUCAUUUGUUUCCUUCUAUCUUGAGGGAACAAUAUGAGUCGUUAAAUCUUUGUCAUUAGGAUGGGAGAUAACGCUAGCUGCUAUUGUCGAAACAUCUUCGUUUUUACUGCAUGCCAAAAACAGUGCUUGCCACACAAAAAUCUUAGACAACCCAAUACAAUAUGUUCAUUAUAUUCCUAUUGACGUCAUUAUUGAAAAUACCCAGCUCAGUGCCUGGCUCAAUAAAUGUUUAAUUCCCUUACCUACGCUUGCUCUAUUUUUUUGUUUGAAAUGGAGAUGAGCACAAUAAUGUAAGCAUGGCUGAAGCAAUUUUUUGGACAUUUCUUGCUGCUAAAAGAUCUAUAAUCAGGACAUUGUUUAUGUAAGUUGGACAAAAAAAUUCUUCCUCUUUAUGUCCACCCUUCCAUAUGAUUGCAAGACAGCAUUUCCCUCGUUUACCUCAUCCCUGUAACAUGGGAGUCUGAGAAAAAUGAGGGGAGAUGGAACCAGAUACAAGGAAGUUUAAUCAGAGAAGCUUAUUUAAAUAUUGUGAAAUAAAGAAAGAGCCAAACCAUUUUUUAAAGCAGGAAAUCCUUUUGAACAGUUAUUAUUUAUCAGUAUUAUUAACACCUUUUCUGACAAAAUUCUUCAGAUGAAGAGUAAAUGGAUAAUCCUUUACUUUUAAUGGAUCUAGACCUAGAAAAUUUCACUUACUCUUCAUGUUUGUACUGCAGAAUUGUGAAAUGGUGUGUGGUUUUGCUUUACAAGUCCUUCUCUGCUUCCUCUUAAUUCUCUAAUGCCAUGCUUACAGAAGAAUAAGAAAUUUCUUUCUUACUUGAGUAUCAUGCUCUAAAAAACUUGGCUUCAGUCAAAGAAAUGCUAGCUUUCCUGUGCUUAUGUUGAAGCCAUCUGCCUUUAAUUCUUGGGCCCUCUUAUAUUUUUAAGGUACAAAAUUUGAAAUCUUAGUCACUAGACACAAGAUGCAUACAAUUAAUGAUGAGCUGGAGGAGUGAUAUGUAGCUAAUUUUUCAAAAGUAUUGAAUGUACUUUCCCAACAGAAAACAGAAAUUAAAUAUUGCCACAUUUUGCCAGAAUCUCAUCUGAAACCUUAACCUUGUCAGAUUUCCUACAACUUACUAAUCAAGUUUUAUUCAUUCUAAAUCUCCCCAGUUUUGGGGGCCUGGAAGAUGCAACUUCCAUUUCCAUAGAAACUUGCAAAUCUUGGGGUAAGGGAGCAGUGGGAGGACUAGGGAGAAGGAUAAUAUAUAGGAUUAUUGAAAAGUCCCCAAGAGGGACCUUCCUGACCAGAAUAUGCAGAUCAAUUCCUGCUGGCUUUACCUUUGAAAGUCCCUUGAAACCAUCCAGAUGAAACUGAGCCUGUUUUUUUUAUAUUGUCAGAUGUAUUCUACUUUGGAGGUUCCAACACCUAAACUGGAAUGCUUUUAUUUACACCCCUCCACCGUCCCCCACACCACCGCUCAAUUCCUGCUGCCCCUGCUAACGUUAAGCAUUUUCCCCUUGUUAUGAUCAGGUUCACAUUAAAACAGAUACUUACAAACUGACUUGAAGCACAGAUACUUUUAUGAAUGUGAUAAAAUAUUUUCUUGAGAAAAGGAAAGAGGACAUCAGUCAAAUAAAACACCGCGUGGAUGUUGAUCGGUGAACACUGGUGUAAGAAAAGGGAGCUCAGGAAUUUUUAUUACUGUAUUUAUAAAUGAGUUUGAAAGAAUUUGUAAAUGCCUCUGGUACAUUUUUAAGGUGACACAUUUGCUCCUUAUAACGUUAUUAAAAAUUACAGGGUAAGCUUAAAUGACAUUUGCCAGUAGUUUUACUUUACAUAAUCAAUACUGAUAUUGUUGCUGAACUAUGUAACUUUAUGAUGCAUUUUUCAGUCCCUUUUCAGAGAAAAUGCUUUUCAAUGGUAGCACUGUUUAGCUUAAAUUGACUUAAUAAAUUAUUACCUGAGCAA